AUGAUUAAUAGAUUCUUAAAAAAUAUACAAAUAUUAAGAUAAAAUGAUAAAAAUGAAAGCAAGCCUUUCGAAUAAUUAAAGGAUAUGAUAUUUUACACAUUCUAUUAAGUCUUAGAAACUCGUACUUUAUCGGAAAAUAUUUCAAUUUUUAUUAUAGUCAUGAAUUUCCUUUAGCUUAUAGCAAUGACUCUAAACAAAGCAAAUACAGAUCUUUCAAGUACUUCAAUAAGUGGUGGUUUAGUAAUAGCAGAUUAUAUUCUUGUCUAUCCUGCUAUUACGGGUAAUAAUAAUCAAUUAUUCUUUAGCGGGUUUCUAUUUUUUGGAUUGUUUACCUAAGUUUUUCUUAUUUGGGGUGCUGUUUUUAUUUAUAAAUAAGAGUUUUAAGAUGAUAUAUCUAUAAAGGAAUUUAAAAAUGUUUGGGCAUUUAUUUAUGACUUAUAAGAUAAAGUUCUAAUGAUACCUUAUUAUGGUUUGGCUAUUUCUGCAAUAUUUUGUGAAGGAUCUUCAGAUUGUUCAGCACCAAUUCAUUAUGUUGACAUUUUUACAAGUCUAUUACUUAUAAUAUUUUUGACUAUUAACGAGCUCUUUUAUUUACAGCUGUUCUUUAACUUCACUUUUAGAAUAAAGGAUAAUUUAGCAAAAAAUCCAACUAAUUUCUAAAUUUUUAUGUUUGUGAUGAAGAUUAUUUUAAUCUUUAUUUAGGUACGAUUUGACAUUAAAACUAAAGAAACUUACAUUGAAUAUUUGAUAGUUCAUCUGAUUAAUGGAUUUUUUUUGUGCUAUGAAUCUCUAUCUGCUUUUCCUUAUCAUUCUAAAAAUGUAUCGAAAGCUCAUGGUAUAUUUUGUGCUUCCUAUUUUUGGAUUAAUGGAGUAUUCUUUGUGCUUUACAUUAUAUAAGAAGGUACAAUUUCUUCAAAUAUUUUAUACAUAGUAGGAGUAGGGUUGGGUUGUUUUGUCAAGCUUUACUUAAAUGUUAGGAAUUACUACGCUAAAGAAAUAGUAUUUUCUGAGCUAGAAGAAAUUGGAGAUGAUAUACUUUUAGAUUUAAAAGUAAGGUCUUUCAAUCAUCUAUUUAAAACCUUACAUAUCAAAAAAAGUGAGCUAUUGCUAGCUUCAUUACUUAAGAUACACUAUGAUAAAUGUAAAGAAAAAGCAACUUGUCUUUGUAGAAAUAGAAAUACUCUUUUUGACCCAAAAAAGAGAGAAUAUGGUGAUCAAAAGCUUUAAUUACAUAAAGAUAACGUUUUUGUGAAACAUUUUAUUUCUAAAAUGAUCUCAGAUGGCCAUAAAAAAUUUAAGCAAUCUAUGCUUCUAGAGUUGAAUUACAUGUUUUAUCUGUAUGAAGCUUUAAGGCUAUACACACCUUUAUUUUAAAUCAUUUAAAAUUUCAAAAAAAAAUAUGAAAAUUAAAUUAACCUUUCUUAUGAAUUUUGUCUUUAUAGGCUUGAACAGAUGGUCCAUCAUUUUAUACAAAACAAAAACCAAAAAAGUACUGUGUCUGAUGAAUUAAAAAUAGAAAAUGUUCAAAUUUUUGAUGUUGGAUUGAAGAGGCUAAAAGAUUAUGUAAAAUAGGUUGCAAAAUAAUUCUAACAAAUAUGGGAAUGCUUAUAAGAUAAUAUACCAGAUUUAUCCAAACUUUUAGAGAUAUGUAAUGAUACUUCUUAAAAGAUAGCAACUACUAACGAUUUAUAUGAAGAACUAAAGUAUUAUAAUUAAAAUUCUACAGAAUUAAAGAUUCUGAUGGAAAUAUAUGCUGAUUAAUUAGUUUUUGAUGAACCUCUCUACAAAAAGAUUUAAAAAGAAAUCCUUUUAACACCUCAUAUGGAGAUUGGUGAUUCAAUAAAUUAAGAUAUAGACUACCUUCUAAAGAAAUAUGAUAUUUAUGAUCAAAAUUCUUGUAUUAUUAGUAUAAGCUCCAAUAUAGAAACAAUGAGCCAAAUUACUUGGUGUUCUAAAAAUUGUUUAAAUGUGUUUGGAAUCAAUGAAUAAAAUCUUAAGGGAAGAAGUAUAAACGAUUUUAUGCCUGAUGUUUAUUCUUAGCAUCAUGAUAGUAUUCUCUAAAAUUUUUACCAAAAAGGAAAGGAAAGAAGUAUAAAUAAUAUUAUGCAUACUUGGGCUAUUGACCAUAAAGGCUUCUGCUUUUCUUGUAACAUCUUUGUAAAAAUAAUUCCUUCGCUAAAGAAUUAUGAGAUUAUUUCUCUGAUUCAUAAAAUUAAUGAUAAAGAUUAUAUAAUCACUGACUAUGAUGGAUAAAUAUCAGGCCUUGGAAAGAAGGCUGCUGAUUAUUUACAAUUAAAUGUAAAAAAACUUAAAGAAUAAAGACUUAAUAUCUAGCUGUUUGCACCGAAGAUAAGUGAUUUAUAUAAAGAUUACUUUGGAGAUUCUGAAGAACCUGAAGAAUAAAAUCAAGUUAAAAUUUCAAACUAACAACUUCAUGUUCUGGGAGCUGAUAAUAGCUAAUUAAGAGAAAAAGAAUUCAAAUUUUAUUUUUUUGUUCCUAACGAUUGUGAUAGCUUGAUAGAGCACCACUUGAAUAGCAAAAAAAGACUUCUUACCAAAUUUUUCAAUGAUGAAGACAUUUAGAUUAAAGACAUUUCUUCAAAAUCAAAAGAUAUAACAGAGCUUAUAAAAUUUAAGAGUGCUUAUGCUGAGUUUAUUUAAAGAGGAAUUUUAAAAUUAAAUAAAAAGAGAUUAUUAAAAAUUAUCAAAAUUAAAGCCUCAGUAUAAUUUCUACAAUACUAAACUAUGAAUAACUAAACUUUCAGAAUCAAAGCUAUAAAAAUCAUAACAAUAGACUCUAAAACUCCAUAAUAUGCUACUUAAGAGAGAAUGCAAAGAUAGUAAAAAUAUCUUAAGAUUUUCAUUUAAGAUAUAAAUUAAAGGCACAAUGAUUUCAAAGUAAAAAAACUAAAAAAACAAUAAGAAGAAGAGCAAAAAGAAUAAGAAGAGCAAAAAAAAGAGGAGGAAGAGAAGGAAUAAGACCCUAAAAAUAAAAAAUCAAAUCAAAAUAAACUUAUGAGUCUUCUAAAAAAGAUUAAACCAACUUAAAAUGGUAAAAAGAAGAACGAUAAAGAAAACUUAGAAGAGAUAGAUAUUAUGCUUAAAAAAAGAAUUUUAGAAUUCUUUAAACCAAAGAAAAGUUUAAAGUAUAUUAAAUCUGCGAGAUUAAAAGGUUAUUCAUGGUUAAAGUAAAACAAUCCUACUUAACAAAAAAUACCUUUGCCCUCUUAAUAGGAUGUAAAUAACUAAUAAUCACCAGAAAAAAAUAAUCUAAAGCCAGUUGCUAGAACCUUAGAAAAGAAAACUAGCAUAGUUUUGAGUAAUGCAAGACCAACAGCUGAGUAAAGAAAUGCAUUUAAAUCAGGGAAAAAGUAAAGCUCAAAUUUAAGUAAAUCUGUUACAACUCCUAUAAGAUAAGACAAAACUAGAAGAUCGAGGGUAUUCGAUGAUGAAUCUGAUGAUGAUAACAAUGAACCUGAGGUCAGUAUCAGAUUAGCUCAUAGAGUUAGAAGAGCUUUGCUAAAUAAGGGUAUUAUCGGUAUUAGAGAAAGAAGUUUAUUUUAUGAUCCAAUGAAUCUCAAAAAAAGAAGGGAGAGCGGUUAGCUAUUUCUACUUAAUUCAGAGGAAAUUAUCGAAGGCAAAAAAGGAACUUAAGAAACUUUAUAAGAAUCUGGUGAGUAAAGUAAACCUUAGCUAACUUAAUUGAAUGCCAUAUAAAAGCUAAAAAAAAUGUUCAAAGAAGGUAAACUCCAUAUGAACGAAAAAAUUAUAAAAGAAGAAGAAGAAUUUUCCUAAAAAAAAUCUUAUAAAUCUGGAAACACAAUUAAAACUCUCAAAAAAAUUAAAGAUAGUAGCUCAUCAAGUGAAAAUGAAGAUUAUCAUAAAGAUAACAUAUUUGAUGAGAAUCAAAAAUUUAUUGAACAUAGAUCAGAUGACUCUCUUAUACAGGAAAGAAAUUUAAUCGAUAAUUUGGAAAAAGUCGAAAUAAAAGAAGAAGAAAGAGCAGUAGCUCAAAGUGUAGGAUCUACAUCUUCGAGUUUAAACGCUUAAAAUGCAGUUAGAAUUCUCAGAUAAAGUCUUAAAAACAUGGAAACUCCAAGAAUUCUUUAAAUCGCAAAUUAUACAGUUAUUUUUAUGUGUGUUGCAGUAUUUUGUUUGAGUUUGAGCUAGUUCUUACUUUUUAGGACAAGAAUGCAAUAACUCUAAGAUCUAUAUUAGAUAAUAGGAAGAAUCAGUACCUACUCUGAAAAUACUAUUAGAUUUUAUUACAAUUAUAUUGAUUUCUACAUGGUCAAUUAAAAAUAUUAUGAUCUUAAUCUUUACAACUAAGCUUGGUGGUAAUCUAAUGUGGCUACAAUUAAGUAAAAUCUUUAUGAAUUCACUAAUUUUGAACUAUUAGAUUUAAGUUCAGCUGGCUAAGAAGUGUCUGGAAAAACUGAUUUAAGGGCAUACUUAUUUUAACCUAUGCAAUAUACUAUGCUUGUAGCUAAAUAACCACAAGUAUAGGAUAGUAACUUUGAAAGCUAUUUAAGACUCUACAUUAACUCAAUCAACCAGACAAUAGAUUUACCUACUACUUAUUUUACAUACUAAAAUUAUUUAACAAAUGAUUACCUAUUUUUUAUCGAUUAAAAUAAGGAUGAAUAAAUUAAAUAAAAUAUUUUAAACAUGAAUAGUACUAAUAGCAUGAUUUAAAGUUAGAAUAAUUAAGCAUUAUAAGAUUUUAUAAUAUAAUGGUCUUUUACUUUCUUUUUUAUAAUAUUCACUUUCUUUGUUUUAUAUCCUAUUAUGCUAAAGUCUAGAAUUAAAAUACAUGAAUCAUUGGUGCUCUUUACUCGUAUCUCUUUAAGAGAUGUAGAUUACUAUGAAGAUCACUACAAGAAGUUACACUUUUUCUUUAAUUCAAUUGAAAAUGUAUUUUAUCUUAUGAAGGAAAUCGAGAAGUUUGUUGAAAGCUAGGCUUUACUCCUAUAAAAGCUAAAAAAAUCUUCAGAUUCAAGAUCUAUUGUUCGUAGUCGUGAUUAUAAAGGAGUAAAGGUUGAUAGUUUAUUAUUCUUACUUCAAAUCUCAUUUGUUAUGAUAUUAUUUUUGUCAUUUAUUGCUUUAAAAGAUUAUAAAGCUAUCAUCUUCUUAACUAGCUUAGAUACUAUGAAAAAUCAUUAAAUUACAUAGCACUCUGUUCUUUACAAUAAUCUUGUUGCAACUUGCAAUUACCAUGAGCUUUUUAAAAAUAUCAUCGAUUCUAACAAUUCCACUUAAUUUAACAACGAUGUUAGCAAUUUUGAAUUUUUCUUGAGUUAAAAUAGUAAACUGUAAGAAAAUUUGAUGGACAGCUAUUCAUUUUUUGGUUAAUUUUAGACAUCCUAUAAAUAAUUCAUUUAAAGCUUAUUGUAAGAUAGUAUUUGCACGGAAGUUCUCACUUUAACAUAGAGUUAAUUAAAUUAAUGCUAGAGUUUAUUUUCUGGCGUAUUAAAUGAAGGUUAUGUAAACUUCUAUAUUACACAGCAAUAAUAUAUGAAAUUAAAUGUUGAUAACUUGAAAUAAUACUUGCAAACCAAUGGUUAUGAUUUUGCUAAGUUAAAAGCAAGUUAAAUGAUCAAAGAAAGACAAGUAUACGAUAUGAGAUAUCUUUAUGAUUACAUUUCAAAUACUACUUAAUUGUGGUAUUAAGAACAAACAGAUGCAAUCAACUAAGGGAUAAGCGAUUAAAUAAAUUAUAACAUGAUGCUGCUUAUCUUUUUUGAUAUAUUUAUUUUCCUAUUCGUCAUUCUAGUGUGGUGGAAAGUUUUCUAUGACCUAAAGAGAGAUUCACAGUGGGUUAAUAGUUUCAUUCUUCUUAUUCCAAUCUAGCUGCACAGAGAAAACCAAUAUUUAAGAUCUUAUUUAAAGAAAAAACUCAAUUUAAAUAAUUUUGGUUAGUGA